AGCACCUGCUCUUCCCUCUCCCUGCUGCAAGAGAGAAGAUGACCGGAGGGGGCGCGCUCGCCGUCGGCUCGGAAGGCGGCGGUGGCGGCGCGAUAACGUUCACGGUUGUGAUGAGCUGCCUCACCGCGGCCUCCGGCGGGCUCCUGCUUGGAUACGACAUCAGUGUUACAGGAGGAUUGAUGCAGAUGGAAUCGUUCCUCCAGGCGUUCUUCCCGGAGAUCCUCCGGAAGACGAACAAUGCGCAGCAGGACGCGUACUGCAUCUUUAGAAACCAGGAGCUCACCAUGUUCGUCUCCUCGUUAUACCUCGCCGCCAUUCUCUCCUCCCUGGUCUCCGGCCACUUGACCAGGACGGUGGGCCGGAGGAACUCCAUGCUGAUCGGCGGCUUCCUGUUCUUGGCCGGCGUCGUCCUCAAUUUCACUGCCGUCAACAUCAGCAUGCUCGUCAUCGGCCGCAUCCUCCUCGGCCUCGCCGUCGGCUUCACCAGCCUGUCUGCACCGGUGUACCUGGCGGAGAUAGCACCGGCACGGUGGCGAGGUGCGUUCACGAGCUGCUUCCACUUCUUCUUCAACCUGGGCAUGUUAAUGGCGGACCUGGCGAACUACGGCACCAACACCAUCCCGAGGUGGGGCUGGCGCCUCUCGCUCGGCGUCGGCCUCGUCCCGGCCGCCGUCAUAAUCGUCGGCGCGGCGCUCAUCCCCGACACGCCCAACAGCCUGGUGCUGCGCGGGAGGCUCGACGAGGCCCGCGCCUCGCUGCGGCGCAUCCGCGGGGCGGCGGCCGACACCGAGGCGGAGCUCGAGAGCAUCGCCCGCGCCGUGGAGCAGGACCGCAGGCACGCGUCCGGCGCGUUCCGGCGCCUGUUCUGCCGGCGCGAGUACCGCCCCCACCUCGUCAUUGCCGUGGCGACGCCGGUGUUCUUCGAUCUGACGGGCAUGAUCGUGGUGUCCAUUUUCACGCCGCUCCUCUUCUACACCGUCGGGUUCACGAACCAGAAGGCCAUCCUGGGCUCCAUCAUCACCGACGUGGUCAGCCUCGCGUCCAUCGCCGUCGCAGGGCUGGCCGUCGACCGCUACGGUCGCCGCUCCCUCCUCAUGCUGGGGAGCGCCGUGCUGAUCCUCUCCCAGGUGGCCAUGGCGUGGGUCUUCGGCGCGCGGCUGGGGACCGACGGCGGGAAGUCCAUGCCCCGCGGGUACGCGGCGGCGGUGGUGGCGCUGGUGUGCGUGUACACGGCCGGGUUCGGCUUGUCGUGGGGCCCGCUGAAGUGGGUGGUCACGACCGAGAUCUUCCCGCUCGAGGUGAGGCCGGCAGCGCUAGGCCUGGGCGGCGCCAUCUCCGGGGUGCUGGUCUUCGUGCAGUCGCAGUCGUUCCUGGAGAUGCUGUGCAGCUUCAAGUACGCCACCUUCUUGUUCUACGCCGGGUGGGUGGUCGUCAUGGUGGCGUCCGUUGCGGCGUUCCUGCCGGAGACCCGGGGCGUGCCCAUCGAGGCCAUGGGCGCCGUGUGGGAGCGGCACUGGUACUGGAACCGCUUCGUCACGCCGGCGCCCGCGUCAGCACCCGCCAAAAUUUCAGAUGGGCCGGUUUAAUUUGGGCUGGGUUUUACACGGUCCACAUCGAAAUCAAGAUACCCUGUUGAUCCUUAAUAAAAAGGAACAAUAUCAUCCUGCUGCGUCAACUAAUGGAGCAGUUUGUUAUUUUUUUUGGGAA